AUGCUCACCAUACAGAACGACAUGUCACCGCGUAAUGGCUCGUGCGUGGCGGAAGUGAGCUCGGUGAGGAGUCUGUCGUCGGACGAUGUCUCGGCGACGAAAGCCCACCGACACAAGUCCUGUUGGGCAAGAGCCACCGAUCCGGCUCAUCGACGCGGACGUCGGAUUCAAUUGCUGCAGAUGCUGGUGCUGCCGUUCAUACCGAUCUUGGCGUUGAUAGUGCAGACGGCCAACACCCUCCACGAUAUUCUGAUCUAUCGGCAGGAGGUCUCCGACAUCGAGUCACAGGUGACAAUCGCCACGGACUUGGGGAAGGUGGUCACGCGGAUGCAACUCGAACGAUCCGAGGUCGCGUUCUUUAUUUACACCAACGGCAACACCCUCAGGUCGAACUUGACGCAGAGGUUCGCCAUAACCGAUCAGGCUCUUCACAACAUGACUACGUGGCCCCUGGUCUCUGUGCCGAGGGACGAGAGCAAGACGCAAACCUAUGACGUGGUCAGCAAAGAGGCCUUCCAAGCACGCCUCGAGGAUUUCAGGCAGAAGAUCAGCUCGGAGGAGAGCAGCAUCACCGAAGUGAUGGCCUGGUACACGAGCGUGAACGCGGCGAUGCUGGACCACUUGACUAAUCAGAUCAAGGAAACUGACAACAGCGGCGUUUGGAGGUAUUUGAUAGCGUUUAAAAAUUUGCUGCGGAGCAUCGAGAGCCUCGGUAUUGCUUCCGUGUACGGAAUCAAUUACUUCGGUCGUGGAAUCCUUGUGGGGGACAAUUACGUCAGCUACGUACGCCACGAGGCUCUUGGACGUGAUCUCCUCACCGGGUCCCUCACAUACGUGCCUUCCCUCAAACACUUUUACGCGGAGCUUACCCGCACUAUGCCCGAUUACGGCCGGAUUAAGUCUAGAAGGGACGAGAUCCUGAAGAAUCAGAAACGGGAACCGAGCGUGGACGAUGCGAUAGCUUAUUUCGAUUCGAUGGCCACUUACGUGGACGAGCUGCGGAAACUACAACGUGAAUUACGUCACAUGAUAAGGUACAUAAACUCCACAUUGCAAGACGCAAGCAACAAAGAAGUCGCUGGAAUAGCGAUAGUUGUCCUGGUAUUGGUCGUGUCCCCUAUUAUUAUAAUAUUGGUACGCAACGCGGUGGCUACUAUCCAGAUGUACGCGGCGAACUUGGCCCAGAAAGCAAGGGAACUGAAACAGGAAAAGGGAAAAAGUGACACGUUACUUUUUCAAAUGUUGCCGCCCAGCGUUGCGCAACAAUUGAAGCAAACUCAACAGGUGCCAGCCGAGUUCUACGAAGCGGUAACCGUCUACUUCAGCGACAUCGUUGGAUUCACCGAGAUCGCUGCCGAGAACACGCCCCUCGAAGUGGUGACGUUCCUGAAUUCGAUCUACAAGCUCUUCGACGCCCGCAUCGAAUGCUACGACGUGUACAAAGUCGAGACCAUCGGCGACUCGUACAUGGUCGCCUCUGGCUUGCCAGUCAGGAAUGGUGACAAACACGUCUCUGAGAUAGCGACGAUGGCGCUCGACCUCCUUGCAGCAUCGUCGGUCUUCCAAGUACCAAAGAGACCCGGGGAACGGCUUCAAAUACGUAGCGGAGCACACACGGGACCGGUUGUCGCCGGAAUCGUCGGAAGCAAAAUGCCCCGUUACUGUCUCUUCGGGGACACCGUGAACACGGCCAGUCGCAUGGAGUCUACCGGAGAAGCUCUACGAAUCCAUAUCAGCCUGGAGAUGAAGAAGGCUUUGGACGCCGUAGGAGGAUUUAAGAUCGUGCAUCGUGGUUUGGUGGACGUCAAGGGUAAAGGCUUGAUGGAUACCUACUGGCUGGAGUGCAAAGACGGCGGUAUCGCUCGGGCCGCGGAGUUGGAUCUACCCUCGUUCUUCGAGGACGUCCGACCAGUUUUCAUACGUCGUUUAAGAGAGGAGGGCACCCUCUGAUGCGAGCCGUAUUCCCGACGGGACCUCUGGUACCUGAACCGCCCACCUACCCCUUACAUUCGCCUCUCGCAGCCAAACCUGAUCGACCAUUUGAAGAAACCGAGUCAGGGUCGCAAGAACCGGCUCUCGCACCCGAAUCUUCACAUCACACCGGUGAAACCGCCGCCUCAGUCGCAAUCCAGCAUCGAGUCACAGGACUCGGCGACGUACGAGGGUACCCACUCGACUACACCCUGUCCACCGAGUUACUCGCCCGCCAGCCAACGCAGCCGUUACU